AUGGGCAAUGUUAACUGCGGCCCCCUCGCCGUAUUGCUGUGGUUGUUGCUUAAGGUGCGAGGGAUUAGGAUAGAUAAGCAAACGGUGCUGCAGUUUUUCGAAUGUAUCAAUGGUUUGGCCCCAUGGUUUCUGCCCACAGGAUCCCUCACUUUACCCUCCUGGGACAAGUUAGGAUGUGAUAUUCAGUUUGCUGGGGAACAAGGGAUGGGUGUCAACCCUAUGGUCCGCCCCAUAUGGGAGAUGGUUCGGGCAUGUCUUAAAGCCAAAAGCAUGGUAGGCACAGCUCAAGGGCUUAAGAAGGCGCGCCAUGCUUUUGAGCGGGCGUGCUCAGAGAGUUCAAGAGGGGCCUCUGAGGCUGGUUCACUGGAUCACUCCUCAGAUUCGGAAGGGGAGGGCCCUCUGACAGGCCCAAAAGGGGAAGACAGCGGCAAGACAUGCUCGCACCAUGAUACAGGACAGGAGACUAAUAAGCCCUCUAGAACCUUAUGUAAAGGGUUGAUGGAGAGCUUAGAGGAAGAGCUCCAGAGAGUGGAGAAUGAUAUACAGGAAGUACAUACCCCAGGCGGGACGAGACCAACCCCGUCUGCCCCUCCCUGGGAGCCACCCCAGGGAAUGAGCGCACCUGGAGGCUGGGGGCUGCCCCCUCCCUUCCCUGCCACACUUCCGUCCUCCGGACGCCGCUCGUUUCAUGGUCGCUUGUGGGACAUCCUGCGUAGGGGCCUCACCUCAUAUGACAUCCCCGGUUUCUAUCCGGUCUUUCAAGACCAGGCCGGCACGCCUUAUUAUCAGGCUCUGGACAUGAAAGUGGUUAAGGGAUUAAAAGAGGCAGUUUCUACCUAUGGCCCCAAUGCUCCGUUCACACAGGCUCUUUUGGAUAAUAUAGGAACCACCCCUUUGACACCCUCGGAUUGGGCACAGCUUGCAAAGGCAUGCCUGUCUCCAGGCCAAUUCAUGGACUGGAAGGCUUGGAACGACGAGUAUUGUGGGGAGCAAGCUGAAAAGAACGCUAGGGAGCGCAACGCUAGAUGGAACAAGGAUAUGCUACUAGGUCAGGGAGCCCAUGCGCAAGAUCAAAUCCGGCACCCUCAGGCAGUUUAUGAUCAAAUUACCAAGUGCGCUAUUGCCGCUUGGAAACAGCUUGCCAAGCCAGGCGAACAUACCGCCUGUCUUACUAAGAUUGUGCAAGGGAUGACAGAGCCAUUCUCUGACUUUGUGGCCAGGAUGCUAGAUGCCGCUGGCAAGGUCUUCCCCGACCUCAGUCUUGUAGCCCUGGUGGGCGCUUCAAUUAAUGUGGCCCUCGGCUCCCACCCUCCAGCAACACAACAGCAGAUGCAAAAGAGUAAAAAAUGUUUUGAGUGUGGCCAGCCAGGACAUGUCAGGAGGUUCUGCCCAAACAAAGAAGGUAAAGGUACCGCUUCUCAACAAUAUGGGACAUCUGACGUGGGACAAGUGGGCCUUUGCCAACGGUGCCGCAAGGGCCAUCAUGCUGCUAAGGACUGCCGCUCUGUUUUUGAUAAGGAGGGCAAUUCUCUGACUGGCCGUAAAGACUCACAGCCAAAAAACGGCCAGAGGGGGCCCUCCUACAAGGCGGGCCUCCUUUCCCCCAGCAGCCCCUUUCCGGGAGUGAACAGCCAGUCAGGGCUACCCCAGGGUCAGCAGGAGUGGACCUCUGUGCCGCCUCCGGACUCAUACUAA